AUGGGUGUGAAGAUGGCUAAAUGCGAACCUCCUCCAGUUCUUAGCUUCUCUGCUUCUAUAUCCCAUUGCUCCUCGACUACUCUAUCCAUACCUACCACCCCAUCUCCCUCAGAACCGAUCUUCCUGCCUUACUGGGCCCGUUACCCGACAAAGUGUGCCCAGAACCUAUUGGACUACUCCGACGAACCAAUUGAAUACGAUCACGACGACGAGGACUAUCGCGACAACUGUUUCUUUUUCCCGGAAGACUGCUCGUGGACACCUCCAAAAAAUUGCAUUGCGGAGGUAGAUUGCGUAGCACUGCAGGAAGAACCUGAGAUCCAGGAGGAGGAACACACGCCUUCGGUAGGCCAGGACACCGACACCGACACCGACACCAUGAUUCCCGGUCUCCCCGAUAUCAAGAUGCUGGACGCAGAGGCGCUAAGCGACCUUUUGGAAGAUAACCUAUCCCCGCCGGAGAUAACAACGAUCAUUGUCUUCGCAACAAACGGCGCCGUCUUCGCCCACGGCUCCUCCCUCUCCUCCCGCCAACUGCGCAAUCUCAGUGCAACCUACGGCGCCGCCUACACAUGCUAUGCCAAGACAGCCUCGACGGGAAACCUGACAGGCGUCAACCCAGCGAGCCACCCCUCAUCCUACAUAACCGCUAAGUCGAUGUCGCUAGGCGACGUAGGCUCAAUCGUCUUUGAACUUGACGAGUCUGUCGCCGUGGUAACCCGAAUCGCGGAUAAAGUCCUCGUCGCUGCCGUCGGUCCAUCCAGCCUAGACGCACCAGAGCCAAACGGCGCGACCAAUGCCGACUCUCUCGCGACUGACGCCAGCGCCCUCGAUGCUACUAACGGAACUUCUACACCCGAUGGCGCACAAGGCGAUAUCUCGCGCACACUUGCUGCCGUGCCUGCGCCUCCGAACCCACCUCACAACGGCCACCGAGACCCGCAGUUUGAGAUUGACCGCAGCGCCGAUCUUGAGCGUCUGGCUAGCUUGAAUCUCUCCGCCUCACCAGCUGUCUUGCUUGCGCUGGAAUCCAAAUGCGCUGCGCUAGGACGUUUCCUCGGGGAGAAACUGGAUGAUCUGGAAAGUCCUGAGGAUUUCUGA